AUGAGUCACCAGAAACUGCAAGUCCAUUUAAACCUCCCCACAGCAAACAUUACGUUUACAAGUGGACUUACAAUGAGAUCACAAAAGUCCAUUAAUAUUCAACCUACAAGCAAACGGAUCCCAAGUCAAGAAGUUAAAACAAAGACGGACAAAAUCAUCAACCGAAUCAGUGACACAAACUCUGACCCGUUGAAAUAUUUGAAAACUCUCAAUUUGCAACAUUAUCAAGACCUUGGAUGGGAAGAAGACAAUUCUGAAUUAGUGUUUCCCAAAAUUGAAGAAAUGGUUAUCACACACAACUCUCAAGAAAUACAAUGCUCUCAACCAAAAUCUGACAAUGCGCAUCUCAAUUUUUACGUGAUCCGAUUGGAAAUGGACGUCUCUUCUGUUGAGAAAGUUGUUUGUCUGUUCACUUGUCGUUACAACAUUGUCUCUGCAAGGGAUUUGAACGAGUCAAACUUGGGAAUCAUCGUGUUCAAAUUAAGAGAAACAAGAAUUGGCAUGAGAAGAAACCCUCAGAAUAACAUGACUCUAUACGAAAAAGUAUUGUCCAAUCCAUUCCAACGAGUUGUACUUGGUCUUGUUAACAUUUGGAGAAGUUCGACAGAUGAAGGACAUCUCUUUUGGCUACCAUCACCUCCUGCAAGCGGAAUCUACAUCACUGAAGGAGAUAUUUUGAUCUUUAGAAAUAAUUCAGGAGUUUUAUUUGACAAAGCAGAGUUUGUUACUGGCAUCAAUAUUAAGAAGGAGUCAGUGCAUAGCCAAGGUGAUUACGUAUACCUGCAAAUACCAAACAUCGAACCAGGGGCAUGCUCACUCAUCUUGAGUAACGGGUGUGAAUCGACUGUGGCAGAACCAAUUGCGUUGUACAAAUUAAAGAGUUGUGACACUGUAUUAACACCAGGAUCAAGCAACUUUGAACAGUGUUUUUCGGAAGUUCUUUACUCGGGUCAAUAA